AAUCAAGUGUAUCCAAGCCCUUUGGAGGUGACCGGGGAAAGAUGUCUGCAGACCCACUUCAACCGAAAUUUAAGAUCAAUUUAAAUAAAUAUCCGUCACCAUACAACCCGUAUCAUCCAGAAUACAACGCUCGUAUCCACGGACCAUAUGACCCUUCACGGUACUAUGGCAAAGAACCAAAGAUGUCGAUGUGGGAUCUGAAGCUGGGAGAUAUACCAAAAAAGCUGCUAACUUCUGACAAGUCACCACAGAAUAUUUUUGGAGUUAUUUCCAGAUUUAUGCACAGGUACAAUGUACGACAUCAUCGUGCUGCAAGAUUCCCUUUGAAUUGGGUUUUUCAGAUUGCUCUUCUUGGAUAUGCGAUAAAUUACAUUGCAACAUGGGGUGUACCAUCAGGUUUAGGAGGUCGCAAAUGUGAACAGCGAUACAGGUAUCACUGGUAGAUGUGAUGACCAGCCUUUCCAGCAUGUACAACUAGUUGAAAAAUUUUUACUUGAUGGACAGCUUUGAUAUUUCAUUAUUAUAUGAAGUUGUGUUGUGAGUUUUGGCCACAACAGUAUAAUAAAUAAAAUAAAUAGUGUUACAUUC